AGAUGCCGAAGCUACUCAUUUCACUAGCCAUUUUGUACUUACUAGUUUUAGUUAAGAGUCAUAGCAAACCGAAAAUAUUGGAAAAUAACUAUGCUAUAUCUAUAUACGACAUGAGUAAACUUAUCGACUAUGAGCACUAUCUACUGAAUAUCUUACAGAAGUUUGCAAAUGCAUUGCAGAAAAGAGUGGACACAUUAGAAUACUACUUGGAAAUGACUGAUUACGAUCGAGAGAAGAAUCUUGCCGAAGAUCCUAUUAAGCAUUUUCGGAUCACUCGCCGCUUGCACUCGGAUUACGUAAACUGGGUGUGGUUCAUGGAGGAGCAGCCAUGGGGGAGUAGGUAAUAUUAGUGCGUAGAAGUGAUUCAACAUUUUCCGAUUUUCUAGCUCUUGUUAAGGAUAUAAUUGCGAUUGCUCCGGAAAUGCCAACAUUAAAGGACGUUGAGGAGGCCAUUAGAGGAUUGAGACUCAUUCAGUGGACUUAUUCACUGCCAACUGCCGAAAUGGCCAAGGGAGUUCUUCAGGACAUCCAUCACAAUACAUCGCUGGAUGGAAUGCAGUGUAUUACGAUUGCCAGGCACAUGGUAAAUUAUAAGGACUUUAUUCGUGCCAAGGAGUGGUUGAUGGUAGGUUUAAAGAUGUACGAGGCAGAUGAAGAAAUCGAGUAUAUCUAUUCCCAACUCGGAAUGCCCUUGGUCGAUUUUUACGAGCUUUUCGUCGAGAUUCAAGAUGAACUUGGUUCUCGAUACUUGGCCAUGAGUGAACUGCAACUCGCUAUUAAGAAUUGGCCGGAAAAGGUCAGUCUGCAAAGAGCCCUUUCUCGGCUAAAGAUGAAUAUUCGCAUUGGCAAGGAGCCAGCGGAAAAGAAGAAUAAGUCCAAAAGAGUCUAUAAGAAAUGCUGCAGUUCGGAAUGUCGACCUACCGCGAAACUUUAUUGCUUGUACAAAACGACAUCCUCGUAUUUCCUUCGAUUGGCCCCUCUGAAGAUGGAACUGCUGUCCCUCGAUCCCUACAUGGUGCUCUUUCAUGAUGUAGUUUCUGACAAGGACAUUGUCAGCAUUAGGAACCUGACUAAGGGCAAACUUGCCCGAACCGUUACCGUGAGUAAGGACGGAAAUUAUACAGAGGACCCCGAUCGCACCACCAAGGGUACAUGGCUAGUUGAGAAUAACGCAUUGAUCCAGAGAUUAUCGCAACUGACACAGGAUAUGACUAAUUUCGACAUCCACGACGCGGACCCCUUUCAGGUUUUGAACUACGGAAUAGGCGGUUUCUACGGCAUCCACUUUGACUUUUUAGAGGAUGCAGAAUUGGACAACUUUUCGGAUCGCAUCGCCACUGCCGUGUUUUAUUUGAGUGACGUGCCCCAAGGUGGGGCCACCAUAUUCCCGAAACUCGGACUCUCCGUGUUCCCCAAAAAGGGCUCAGCACUUCUGUGGUACAAUCUUGAUCACAAGGGCGAUGGUGAUAAUAGAACAGCCCACUCAGCUUGUCCCACAGUUGUGGGUUCUAGAUGGGUCAUGACCAAGUGGAUAAAUGAAAGGGAACAAAUUUUUAGGAGGCCCUGUUUGACAAGCAUUUAAAAUAAUGAAUAAUAAAAUAUAUAAAAAAGGUGG